AUGAUGCGACACCCACGCCAGCCCAGCUUCAGGCCAACCCAGCUUCAGGCCAGCCCAGCUUCAGCAGCAGCCAUGGACCGGCCUGCGACGUGCCUGUUCGCGUUGUGUGUGUUGUGCUUGUUCGGCGCGUCCCGGAGCGCUAGGUGGGCCCACUCGGCCUACCUCAGCCCGGACUACCGCCUGCUGUGGUCCCUGGGGCCCGGGCCGCAGGACAUGACCUUCGAGCUGCAGGUGCGGACUCUCGGAUCACAUUUUAGAAUCACGUUCGAAGAUAAUGCAGACUUCUACCUGAUUCAACCGAAAUCGACGAAAUUGUCAAACUUUGCGAAUCAGAAGAAGCUGCAUCAUCUGAAGAAAAACAGUCUAACAAAGUAG